AACUGAGAAAAAAUGUCUGACUUAAAAUUAGUUUGUUUAGCUGCAGUUAUUGGCUUUGCAAGCUGUUUAAAUAUUCCAUCUUAUUUUAAACCAUGUAACAAAGGGGACUACAGUUGUAUGACGGAACAAGCUCAAAAUACUUUAAAAAAUAUUCUCAAUGGCGACAAAUCAUUUAAAAUACCAACUUUAAGCCCUUUAACAUUGGAUGAAGUAACAAUUCCUGGAAAAACAAUAUCUACGACAUUUAAACCACUUAUUAUUCAUGGAAUAAAUAGUCUUAAAAUUAAGUCUGCCAAAAUUGAUACUGAUUCAAAAUCUGGAUCUAUUGAUCUUUUUAUUCCCAAUAUAAUGUUUACUGGAGAUUACGCCCUUACCGGAAGAAUUUUAGUUUUGCAAUUAAAUGGACAUGGCAAAGGAAAUAUUACUGUUGUUGAUGGUACUGGUAAAUAUGAUUUUAAAUAUAACUUGGUGGAAAAAAAUGGAGAGAAAUAUGCAAAAAUCGUCAGUUCUGAUUACAAAAUUGGUUUAAAAAGAGCAUAUUUCCAAUUCGAUAAUCUUUUUGCUGGAAAUUCAGAAUUAACUAAAAGCACAAAUGAUAUAAUUAAUGGAGAAUGGAAAACAGUUGUUGAAGAAUUUUCCGAUGGUAUGAGUGAAAUAAUAAAAUCCAUAUUGAAGUUGGCUUUGGGAAAUUAUAUGAAUGCAAUUCCAAUAAACAAAUUAAUAAAAGAAUAAAAUUUAUGAUACCCAUCUAAAAAUAAAACAGUAUUAUAUGUAAU